UUGCUUUCCAGCGAGCGUCUCGGAAAUUAAUCACUGGUGAUCCACUUGGCUGGCAGCUUCCAACAUCAGCUCAAGUUCUUGUCAAAUAACUUCGUUUGAGUCUCUCUCAACCUAGACCAUGAAUUCCAUAAAAACAGCAUUGGGCAGAGUGUCCAUAUCACCCCAGCAUCCCCUGUUCUAUUUCGGUUCUCGUAAGAUCGCACGUGAUAUAAUCCAGAAGAAGAGACUCCACGUGUCUUCUCCAGCUUUAGAUCACACACCCGGACCUUUGACUCAGUUUACAGAGGAUGAGAUUAUGAUGAAAGAGACUGUUGCUAAAUUGGCGAGGGAAGAAAUAGCGCCGCUUGUGAGGAAGAUGGAGAAGGAGGGGAAGAUUGAUGAUGGCUUAUUGAAGAAGCUCUUCGAGAAUGGGUUGAUGGGAUUGGAGAUUCCAACGGAGCUCAAUGGAGCCGGGAGCAACUUCCUUACGACAAUUUUAGCUGUUGAGGAAAUAGCGAAAGUUGAUGGAGCAGUGGCUGCUCUCGUGGAUAUUCACAAUACCUUGGUUAAUUCUCUCAUCAUUAAAGUUGGUUCUGAAGCACAGAAGGCUAAAUAUCUUCCAAAAUUGGCCCAGGAAUGCGUAGGAAGUUUUUGCCUGACAGAGCCAGGAUCAGGUUCAGAUGCCUUUUCCCUCAAAACCGAAGCCAAGAAGGAUGGCUCUCACUAUAUACUAAACGGCACAAAAAUGUGGAUCUCCAAUUCAGACAUCGCCGGAGUUUUUAUUGUUUUCGCCAACGCAAAUCCAUCAGCGGGGUACAAGGGGAUUACGACGUUCUUCGUGGAUAAGGAAAUGCCAGGAGUGAUAGUAGCCAAACCUGAGGAUAAACUCGGGAUCAAGGCCUCAGGGACCUGUAUGGUGCAUUUGGAGAACGUCAGGGUCCCCGAGGAGAAUAUCCUGGGGGUGUUUGGACAAGGGUAUAAGUAUGCAGCUGGUUUCCUUAAUGAAGGGAGAGUGGGCAUCGGGGCACAGAUGAUUGGAAUGGCCCAGGGUGCCCUCGAUGCUACCAUUCCAUACACUUUGGAGAGAAAACAGUUCGGACAGGAUAUUUUCUCAUUCCAGUCGAUGCAACAUCAAAUAGCCCAAGUAGUCACUGAUCUUGAGGCAGCAAGACUCCUCGUGUACAAUGCAGCACGAAAAGUGGAAGCAAAACAGGAAUUCGCGAAAGACGCUGCCAUGGCGAAACUCGUAGCGUCAGAGACUGCCCUCAGAGUGACAGCCAAGUGCAUAGACUUCAUGGGUGGAGUUGGAUUCACGACAGAUUUCCCCCAGGAAAAAUACUUCAGAGACUGUAAAAUUGGAACCAUCUACGAGGGCACUAGCAACAUGCAACUGUCAACCAUUGCAAAACACAUUAGAAAAGAGUAUUCAUAAUUUAUAAUUCUCCAUCUUGCAUUAUUCCUCUAAAACAUUCAAGUAUGGACGCGCUAUAAUGGACUCGAACGAUAUUUUUUCGUUUGGAAUGUUUUCCAAUUUUUUAAUCGGGAUGAACUUCUUUCUUUAGACUGAGACGUCAUUUUUCCGUUUUCUUGCACAAUGAAUUACAAUUUUAUCGAAUCAAUGGAGAACAUUGAUUCAAUAAAAUUGAUAUUUUUCUAAAAAUGAAUUUUUCAAUGAUUACUAUAAAAUAACUAUGGAAAAUGAGAUAUAUGUGAUGAAAUAGAAGAAGAUUUUAAAAGUAAUGGACUCCCUCGAAAAAAAUUAUUAUAAAAAAUAAAGAAAUCAAUGAAUAGGAAAAUAAUUUCU